AUGGCGCCUGGGCAGUACUCCACUGAUGCCCAGCAGCAUACGCUGCAGCCCAUUGUGACUGGUGCCACAGUGGUGGGUAUGAAGUACAAGGACGGAGUGAUCGUGGCUGCUGACACCUUGGCGUCGUACGGAUCAGACGCUCGCUACAAGGAUGUGUGUCGAUUGAAGAAGGUGGGUGAAUAUACCUUGCUAGGUGCCAGUGGCGAGUACAGCGAUUAUCAGUACUUGAGUGAUCAACUGGACGAGAUGGCCGAUGAGGAUUGGCUGAAUGAAGAUGGCUGCUUGAUGGGUCCAAAGGAAUAUUCGUCCUACAUUGGCCGAGUGAUGUACAAUCGACGAAGCAAGAUGAAUCCUUUGUACAACCAGUUCCUUGUGGUCGGCAAGAAGAAGGACGAGCCUGCCCACUUGAUGUACGUGGAUCAUCAAGGAACGGCCUUCGAGGAGGACUUCGUUGCGACCGGCUUCGGAAUGCACUUGGGGAUGCCCCUUCUCCGUAAUAGUUGGCGUCCCGACUUGAGUCUGGACGAGGCCAAGGAGUUGGUUCAGAAAGUCCUGGAGAUUUGCUUCUAUCGCGAUUGCAGGGCCUAUUGCAAAAUUCGUAUUGGAGUAUGUACUGGAACCUCAGUCGAUAUUAGUGACCCCAUCCCGCUGAACCACUUCUGGGGCCACAACGCGUGGAUCGAGAAACGCCUCGAGGAUCCAUCCAGUGAUAUGAUCGCAAUUCGUACACUUUCGGUUGUUCCUGUUGUGCACGGCGUGGACAUCGACACCCAAGUAGGGGUACAGGCAGUUCUUUUCCUGUGCUCCUUGUCAUGUGACAUGCAACAGAGGCACCUGGGCGACAUCUUUGAGAUUGCCGCAGCUAGCUGUCACUGCGGCGGCGAUUCCAUUGUGACAGCUCCCUUUGAGGCGACAGAAGAGGAACGGGCGCGUGCCCACGACCUGGGGAAACUUCGAAAUGAGCUACAAAGUUUGGCUGGUCAAUCCAAAAGCGAACGUGUGGACUUCGUGGACUCCACGCGCUCGCGGCACCGGGAUCUGAGUUUGAGCCGUGCUGCCUCGGAAGGUCAGGAGGAUCCAACUCCAUUGGCCAACGCCGACACCGAGGACAGCAACGAGGAGUCGCCCUACGUUCUUCGGCGCAGCGAUGCUGGGAGUCGCCUGGAUUUGUUGGCACCGAUCUCGGAGAAGCAGGUGGGGAAGCGCUGGACCCUGGCUCUCUCCCGGGCCAUCAACAAACUCUCCUGCAGCAGGUGCCUUCGCUGCUCCCUGGUGGACUGUGACCGAGACAAAGUGAUCAAGGAGGUCAUUUUUGGAGAUUAUUUAUCCACCGACGGGUUGACGGUCGAUGCAGAAAACUGGUUUCAGGAAGUGCAACAUGAGCGAUUCGUCGAGAGCGGAGUGAAUACUCCAAGAUCCAGUCCUUCCAAGAGGAGUGCGGCAAAGAUUCUGUCAACGCUGUUGGAGGACGCCAAUCUGCCACACAGACUAGAGCCAUGUGCUCAUUUGGAGCGGCCACUGUCUGAGUACUGGAUCAAUUCCAGCCACAACUCGUACCUGCAGGGCAAUCAACUCACGAGCACUUCCUCGGCUCAUGCGCUGGCGUCGUUGCUGCGGAAUGGCUGCCGCGUCAUUGAGCUGGAUGUCUAUGACGGAUCGAAAUAUGGGAUGCAAGGCCCAUGCGUCCUCCACGGGGGAACGGCCACCACGGCAGUUUCGCUCUGUGCCUGCUUGGAGGCCAUAAAAGAAGCAGCCUUCGAAAACUCAGCGUGUCCAGUAAUCAUCACUCUGGAGAAUUAUUUGUCGCCUGAUGGGCAAAGGAGAUGUGCCAGUCUCCUGCUGGAUGUGCUGGGUGAUUCACUGUAUGUGCCGCCCCCGCAGAUCUUCGAGUGGCCUCCACCGGGAGAGCUGCUGAAACGCUUUCUGUUGCGGGACAAGUCUUGGCAUUCUGAGGACGCUUCCCCGAAGUCCAAUGCUGCGAGCCCAUGCCCACGUGCGGCACGGGUGCCAGAGCUUCACAGGCUCAUUUCCAUUGGCAACGUGAAAUUUCGAUCGUUUAAGGAAUGCCAGUUGUGGCAGGGAUGCACAAGUUCGUCCUUCUCCGAAACAAAACUCUUGCAGUUGAUUGCGAAAUCUGGCCUGCAGGCGAUGCGCAGCUAUACUGCGGUGCACUUGGCGCGAAUUUAUCCUGCGGGAUACCGGGUGGACUCGUCGAACUAUGAUCCGCAGGAUGGUUGGGAGGCCGGCUGUCAGAUGGUGGCCUUGAAUGGACAGAAAAGUAUCUUCUUCCAUCCCCAUGCCGCGUGGCUAAACGCUGGGCGCUUUCGAGGGAACGGAGGCUGUGGAUUUGUCCCAAAGCCUUCACAUAUGAUGUCGGACGAGGAGCCGCAGCCCAAAAAGCUUUCAAUCACUGUCCUUGGCGGUGAUGGCUGGGAGGCGUUUCGCGACUUUGACCUUCUUGGACCGCCUGACUCCUAUGUUUGUGUUGAAAUCGCUGGGGCAUCGGCUGACAGACGAUUGGAGAAGACGUCGGUCUACACUGCCAGGGUGAAAACUGGCCCCAAGGCCCAACCUGUUUGGAAGCAAAGCUUUGAAUUUGCCAUCAGCGAUGCGGCUUUGGCUGUUGUCAUGUUGGUGGCCUGGGACCAGGACGUGGACUUUGACGAUCUGCUGGGUCAAUAUGCCUUUCCAUUGGCUGAUCUCAAGCCGGGCUGGCGAAGAGUCCCACUGCUCAGCAGUAGUGGAGAGCUCCAAGAGGGAAAUCCGGUAGCUGCUGAAGACGUGAUUCGUGACGGAGUGGCCAAGUCACUCCGGUUCCGCCGGACAGCUCGUGCAUCGCGGCUGGAGCGCGAAGCGAGUCAAGGAAAGUUUGAACGGUGGGACUGUUGUGGUUCUUCCGUGCAUGCGCAAAGUGCUCAAAAGGAACUUGGGGCAGUCAUUGAUGGGAUUAACUAUGCAGGUACUGAAGUGGAGUUGCACGGAGCGGUGAACCAUGCAAAGCGAUGGCUGAAAGCGCUUCGCUGUGAAUGGUGUGCAUGGCUGUUUUGGCCUAAGCUUCCAGAGGCGAAAAUCAGCGAACAGGAGCGCAGUUGCCGCUGCAAGAUGCACAGCUUAGUGAAGGUGCCCUUCGCUCGCCAUGGGUCCUUAGUUUCUGCUCCUGCUUGGUGUUUGGCAGUUCGAGGAGUGUCGCAGCGCCGGGUUGUCCGCAAAACAUCGGAGCAGGACACUGCGCGGACUGAGCGCAGCUCGCUUCGUCGGAGGGCGAUGGCACUCCUUCAGCGGGCAGGCCUAGAGGAGGACGACGCCCGGUGCUCCGUGCGCUGGAUGCUGGACGCUUGCGAGCGGCGUUUCGCGCCUGGCACCUGGCAUGAAACCUUCAUGGCCUGGGUGCAACGGCGUGCACGGCGCGAGCCAGUGCAAUACAUCGUGGGUUCCUGGCCCUUUUACCCGUUACCCGUGGAGCUCCUUGUGAAGCCGCCCAUUUUGAUUCCCCGGCCCGAGACCGAAGAACUCGUGGAUCGGAUCAUUCGCGACUUCAAAGAGGACGUUGGACCGAAGAGGCUGGUGGAUUUCGGCAGCGGUUCCGGAGCCAUCGUGCUGUCCUUGUUGCACAGUUUCCCCAGCGCCAAAGCUGUCGCGGUGGAUCCCAAAGAGGAAGCUAUCGCUUUGACGGAGGAGAAUGCACUUCGCUGCGGUGUGCGAGACAGGCUGACACUGCACCAUGGGACUGCCAAGGACUUUGCAGCGGCUGCGGAGCCCAGGUCCUUCGAUUUGAUCGUCUCGAAUCCGCCCUACAUCCCCAGCUGCGAAGUUCCGGAGCUCCAGGUAGACGUGCGCGACUUCGAAGACCAUGGGGCACUGGAUGGAGGAGUGGAUGGACUUGAUGUGGUGAUCGAAGUGCUGCAGACGGCCAGGGUCAUUGGCGAAGCAGGUUGUCGAGUUUAUUUGGAGGUACACCACACCCACCCGGCAGUCUUUGAAGGGUCCGGCGCUCCUCCACAUCUGAUGGCUGCUCUGGAGGGCUUUGAGCUUCUGGGCACCGUGCGGGACGUCUACGGUCAGCCUCGCUUCGUGGAGCUACGGCUUCGAAAGUGCCACGCCAAAGCCUGCGGACCAAAAGAUCGCAUGGGCUCUAGGAAUGGGAUCCUGGAUGCAACAGAUGCUUCUGCUGGAGUGAUGGCAUCUUAUGAUGCGCGUGUGAGUGGAGGCGAUGACUCCCCUGUUCCGGCAUGUGAGCUUUUUCAGGUGGGUACAGUGGAUGGACGCAGGUGA